UUCUUUUCCGAAACUCGUCCCCGUCUUGCUGGGAACAUGCCCUCUAUGAACCUGUUGAACAGACUUGGAUUUGGUAGCACAAGGUCACCGGAGAACAUGGAUUCAUCCAUUGCUCAGGGACAAGAUGACAUACCGGCACCAGGCCAGCAGUUUGCGCAGUUCGGUGCUGGCUGCUUUGGGAUUUGCUCGCAGGGGCUUUUGCAUAAUCCAAGCUAUGAGGAUGUGUCUUCAGGGACCACUAACCACGCAGAGAUUGUAAGAGUCCAAUAUGAUCCCAAAGCAUGUGGCUACGAGUCUCUAUUUGAUGUGUUUUGGGCUAGACAUGAUACUACCAUACUGAAUAGACAGGGGAAUGAUGUGGGAACACAUUAUAGAUCUGGAAUAUACUUCUACACUCCUGAACAAGAGAAAGCAGCUCAAGAGUCCUUGGAACAACAUCAGAAGCAGUUGAACAGGAAGAUUGUUACUGAGAUCGUUCCUGCAAAGAAGUUCUACAGGGCAGAGGAGUACCAUCAACAGUAUCUCGCGAAAGGAGGUAGAUUUGGUUUCAAGCAAUCUACUUCUAAAGGAUGCAAUGAUCCAAUUCGGUGUUUUAAUUGUUGAAGGUGAAUCACCAUCAAGGAUCAUAAGGACACUAUGACCUGUACUUUUUUAGAUGAGAGUUGAUGAUUUUGUUAGUAGCUAUUUGAUUUGUUAAUAUAUCAACAAAACUCUUGAACAAUGUAUUGGAGGUUGAAAACGGGCAUAGGCAUAAAUUCAGUUGUAAAGUUGUAUAUUGUCUCUCAUAUUAUAUUAUG